AUGGGGGACGCCCGGCACGUGAGGCUGAAGUGGGGGUCUGCGGACAUGGGGGUCCCCCCGGCACUGGCAUUCCCCUGGGGAUAUCGCGACAGAAGGGGGGUUGGGGCCGGCUCGGUCACCCCGCCCGCCCACACUCAAGAUGGCCGCCGCGCCUUCCCGGCGCUCAUCCAUGCAACGGUGUACGUUGGGGGGUUGGACGAGAAAGUCAGCGAGCCGCUGCUGUGGGAGCUCUUUCUCCAAGCAGGACCAGUCGUCAAUACUCACAUGCCCAAGGAUCGAGUCACAGGCCAGCACCAAGGCUAUGGGUUUGUGGAGUUCCUCAGCGAGGAGGAUGCGGAUUAUGCCAUUAAGAUCAUGAACAUGAUCAAAUUAUACGGGAAGCCAAUCCGAGUGAACAAAGCCUCGGCCCACAACAAAAACCUGGACGUGGGGGCCAACAUCUUCAUUGGCAACCUGGACCCCGAAAUCGAUGAGAAGCUGUUGUACGACACCUUCAGUGCCUUCGGGGUCAUCCUGCAGACGCCCAAGAUCAUGCGAGACCCCGACACGGGCAACUCGAAGGGUUACGCCUUCAUCAACUUUGCCAGCUUCGAUGCCUCAGAUGCUGCCAUCGAGGCCAUGAACGGACAGUACCUCUGCAACAGGCCCAUCACCGUUUCCUACGCCUUCAAAAAAGAUUCCAAAGGCGAGCGGCAUGGCUCAGCCGCCGAGCGUCUCCUAGCAGCCCAGAACCCUCUCUCGCAGGCGGAUCGGCCCCAUCAGCUGUUUGCCGAUGCUCCUCCUCCUCCGUCUGUCCCUACCCCUGUUGUUACCACCCUGGGACCUGGUGUCACUCCUCCAGGCCUCCCGCCCCCAGGAUCAUUCCCCCCGCCGGUGCCGCCCCCCGGCGCGAUGCCUCCUGGCAUGCCUCCUGCCAUGCCACCCCCACCCAUGCCGCCCGGUGCGGGUGCCCCUGGCCCCCCCUCCGGGGCUGCACCUGCUGGGGGACACCCACCUCACCCGCACCCCUUCCCUCCGGGUGGGAUGCACCAUCCAGGAAUGCCUCCCAUGCAAGUGCACCAUGGGCCACCUGGGAUGGGCCAGCAUCACCCAGGACCACCAGGCUCCGGAGGCCAGCCUCCCCCUCGGCCCCCACCUGGCAUGCCACACCCUGGACCCCCACCCAUGGGUAUGCCACCCCGAGGACCUCAUUUCGGGUCGCCCAUGGGUAAGUGGGUGCCUGCAAGAGGCGGUCACCCAGGCCCCAUGCCGCACCACGGGAUGCGUGGCCCUCCUCCACUGAUGCCUCCUCACGGCCACGGGGACACCUGUGAUGGAGUUCGUCGGCACGUGAAAGCUCUCUGCCUCUGCUGAUACCAAUGCCACCCAUGUAUCUGUCUUGGUGAGGUGCUGAAUUAGGGUGGGUGCUACCAGUCUCUUGCUUUAUCCAGGCUGUUUGUUGGUGGCCGAUAGGCUC